GUGCUCAACAUUUCCGCAUACCUCAAUCAAAAUACCCAUUUCUUUGGAAAUCAAACAGAUACACUUUUGCGAAAUUUGAGGGGCCAAGAUGCGUCCUAUUUGAUGUCAGCAGUGGGCGAGGCGAAUACGGCAAGGGCAUGUUUAACAGCUAGAUAUGCCGCCGGCGUCAUUUCAAGCGACACCAUGGGAUGCAUAGCCGACGAUAUCAUUGUCGACGUUAUGCUUGCUGUCAUUAUUUGCUUGAUUGUCGUUCGCUUCACCAUGGCUGUAGUGUUUCAGUGGUUUAUUGCCGGAAGAUUGACUAAACCUGGUGGUCGGUCUGGAGGCGUUCUCGCAUGGCGAUCUGUUGCAGGUGGUAACGCCGAUCCUAAUCAACACCGUCCUCCACCAGAAAAUCGAUACGCUUUGUCGUCCAACUACCCGGCGCCGUCAAACAGUUCUUCAUCGCUCAAUGCAUUGUCCGUUAGGGGAGACUCAUCGACCAUUAGGGCAGACUCAUCUUCGUCUGCAUCGCUUACUAAACCUAUGGACUCCCCAAAGCCCAGGCCGACUCCGACUCCAAAAGGCUCUUCUUCUGAGAUAGUGGAUACUCGCUUGCAUACUAUCAUGCUUGUCACUUGUUAUUCAGAAGGCCAUAGCUCACUGAAGACCACAUUGGAUUCCUUGGCCUCAACUACGUACUCGCGCAAGCACAAGAUCUUUUUCAUCAUCGCAGAUGGAAUAAUCACUGGAUCUGGAAACAAAAAGUCUACACCACAAAUUUGUAUCGAUAUGCUAGAUUUGGAGCCAAGUAUGGAGGAGCCAAAGCCCUGUAGCUAUAUCGCCAUUGCAGACGGUGAAAAGCAGUUGAAUGCUGCUCAAGUAUAUGCUGGUCAUUACAAGAAGGUCCCUGUGAUUCUCAUCGUUAAGUGCGGAACAACAGCUGAACAAAAAACAAGUCGUAAAGCUGGUAACCGUGGCAAGCGUGACUCUCAACUCAUCUUGAUGUCUUUCUUGCAACGAGUGCUGUUUAACGACCGUCUAACUGAGCUCGACUAUGAGAUCUUUUGGAAAAUGACCUGGCUAACUCGUGGAGUAACUCCUGACAAAUUCGAACUCGUACUGAUGGUGGAUGCCGACACAAAGGUUAUGCCAAAGUCUCUCACUUACAUGGUAGCGGCUAUGGUGAACGAUAUUACUAUCAUGGGACUUUGUGGCGAGACUAGAAUUGCCAAUAAGCGCGAAUCUUGGGUCACUGCUAUUCAAGUUUUUGAAUACUACAUAUCCCAUCAUUAUUCCAAGGCUUUCGAAUCGGCAUUCGGUGGUGUUACUUGUUUACCUGGUUGCUUCUGCAUGUACCGUAUCAAGGCUCCCAAGAAUGGUGCAUGGGUGCCAAUUUUGGCUAAUCCUGAUAUUGUGCUCGAGUAUAACCAAAAUGUAGUCACCACACUGCAUGCCAAAAACCUUUUGUUGCUUGGAGAAGAUCGUUUCUUAUCCACACUGAUGCUACGUACAUUCCCCAAGAGACAAAUGAUGUUCGUUCCUCAGGCUAAAUGCAAGACUGUGGUUCCAAAUACUUUCUCAGUGUUACUCUCACAACGCCGCCGAUGGAUUAAUUCAACUGUGCAUAACCUUAUGGAGCUGGUUCUGGUUUCUGAUCUUUGUGGUAUCGCUUGCUUAUCCAUGCAGUUUGUCGUAACCAUUGAUUUGAUUGGUACCAUUGUGUUGCCGGCUGCUAUCUGUUUCACUAUCUAUCUCAUCGUCAUCACCUGUGUCAACUACAAAAAUCCUCAAUUCCAAGCUCUCUUCUUGCUUGCAGCUAUUCUUGGUUUACCAGCACUGCUUAUUGUCAUUACUACACGCAAGGUGGUCUACAUUGGCUGGAUGGUGAUAUAUCUUUUCGCCCUUCCCAUUUGGAAUUUUGUACUUCCAGUUUACUCGUUCUGGCAUUUUGAUGACUUCACUUGGGGUCAAACUCGCAAAGUGGCUGGAGAAAAGAAGGAAAGACAUGGUGUUGCUGAUGGUGAAUUUGAUUCCUCACAAAUCACCAUGAAGAAGUGGGAAGACUGGGAACGAGAAAGACUUGGUAGAAGAAAGAUUGGUAUACAUGGACCUCAUCGUAACAGUCUCAUCACGCCUACAAUUAGCCCAAUUCCUGGCCUUGAUAAUAAGGGUGUGAUUCAAGAUGCCUAUGGUGAUCGAAGGAUGUUUGGUACCGCUUCCCGAAGUAUGCUUACUAGUCCCAUAAGCUAUCGGCCAUCUUCCAUUGUCAAUGCGCCACCGAGUCCACGCCAGGGACCGGUAGCUACAGGACCUCGAUAUUCACAACCUCAGCCUGGUGGCGGAUCUCCGUAUCUCACCGCAACAACAGUCUCUCCACAAGCUCCUAUAGCACAUCGUCUAUCUACACCUAAUAUAGAAGAGGUAAGCUGGAGGUUGAAGUAG